UUACAACACAACAUUAGUCUAAGAUGAGCAAAGUUGGAAGCUUCCAAGAACAGGGAAACCCUAACCCUAAACCACUUCAUGAACAAGAAGACGACGAAGAAAUCGGAACAAGGAGGCUAGCUUUGUCGGGAUCGCUUCCGAUGGUGCUGAGAUCAGCGGUCGAGCUCGGUCUCAUCGACACCCUCCACGUGGCAGCUGAGGAGGGUAAAGGCGCGUACCUCUCACCUUCGGAAAUCGCUCUUCGGCUACCUUCUGUUCCCACAAACCCUAAUGCUCCGGAUAUGUUGAACCGCGUGCUGAGGUUACUGGCGAGCUUCUCGGUGGUCGAUUGCCGUACGGUUCAGACCGCAGAGAAGGUGGAGAGUGUGUACCGAGCUAAACCGAUUUGCCGGUUUCUGUUGAAAGAUGGAUGUCAAAAGGGUUCUUUGGGUCCUCUCCUCUUGUUGAUCAAUGAUACCUUCAACUUAGCAUGCUGGAGCCAUUUGAAGGAAGUAAUAGUAGAAGGAGGGACUGCGUUCAACAGGGAAUAUGGGAUGUCAGAGUUUGCCUAUAAAGAAAGAGAGGGAAGGAUGGCGGAUUUAUUCGAGAGGGCGAUGUCGAAUUACUCCAAGCUGUUGGUAACGAAGUUUCUAGAAGUAUACAAAGGAUUCGGAGGUGCCAAAGUGCUGGUCGAUGUGGGAGGUGCGAAUGGAGCAACCCUCAGCCUCGUCACCUCCAAAUAUCCUCGUCUCAAGGCCAUUAACUUCGACCUCCCUUACGUCGUGGCCAAUGCCCCUUCUCUGCCCGGUAUGGAACAUGUCGGUGGAGACAUGUUUGUGAACGUCCCGAAAGGAGAUGCCAUAAUCUUGAAGCAUGUUCUCCACAAUUGGAGUGAUGAAAAGUGCGUGAAGAUCCUCAAGAACUGUUGGAAAGCUCUGCCCGACAAUGGCAAAGUGAUUGUGAUGGAAUCAGUAUUUCUCGAUCAAACGAAUGGCCAUGAUGACGCUUCCGACAUUGUUGCUCUUGAAGAUGUGUUGAUGUUGGUUUUCUGCGAGGGAGGGAGAGAGAGGACGAAGGCCGAGUUCGAAGCUUUGGCCCUAAACUCUGGUUUUGCUGCCUGUGAACUCAUUUGUUCGGCAUACAAGUGUUGGGUUAUGGAGUUCCGCAAGAACAUCUGAAAAACGGGCCGACCGUAUCGUAUCGUAUAUGUAUAUGCUAUGUCGACUGAAGAAUGUUGAAUAAUUUCAGUUACGGUUAAUUCAUCGACCCAUAGUGAAAUAAAAACCAAGAUUUCAAUUGAAAGAGCUUUGUGCACU